UAAAAUAAAUCAUGAUAUACAUUACACACCAAGUAACCACUAUAUAUACUUAUGAAUAAAUGCAAAGCGACAAUACCAGCUGAAACGUAGAUUUAAUAAACCAAAAAUUUAACGAACAGUCAGUUCCAAUCUACCAAAAACGCAACACCACCACUUUUCCCACAGGACGUUCAAAAACUGUUUAAUCAACGAAACAUAAUGUCCAACAAACCAUGAGUCAGCAUGAAAGAAGCGGAGGUCAGCGUUGACUUGUCCCUCACUAAUUAAUCAGCUUUUGCAGGGGAAGUCGCAAACGCGUAUUCGCAUUCGAGGGCAAAACAGUCGUGGGUAGUUUCGAGGCACGUUGGGAAGAUUCGAGCGCCUCGGGCGCUCUGUCAGCCGCUCUUAUAAUAUAAAGGAACACCGGCUAGGCCCCAUAAACGCAGAGCCGUGACGGUGCUUCAGGGCGCAAGCUCGGUAUGGGAGAGCUUGCGAGCCAUAUACUCGACGACCAGCCUUGUUUUCAAAUAGUCGUCUAGAUUGCGUGGGUACCUCGCGGUCGUUCGACGCAGUAUAAACUGGAGGAGAUUUCUUGUUCUCCUCGCCGAUGUCAACGCACCGCGGGAAGCAAUGACAUCGAGAAAGAUGGAUGGAAAUGAAAACUCGAGCAGCUCGCGUCGUUAUUGACCGGUCUUUUUAUCGCUACCGUUUCGAAAUCACAUCGACCAGACCUUUCGCCGCAAGCGAAUCUCGCUUCUAUCGAUACAUAUCGAGGAUCCCUGCGAUAUCGCCGUGUGUGAUUGCGUUCCAGAACUCUGUAAAACUCGAGUGAAUUUUUUUCGGUGAAUCUCGUUGAGUCUUGUGCAUUUCAAUCGAAAUUUUUGUCUAUGCAUCUGCCACGAUUUCAAGAUUUCAGAAAACUAAUAUAAACAGGCGUUCUUCAAAGCUUCGCGAACAUUGCUUGCCUCGAUGAACUGUGAUAAAACAUGUGCCGAUGACAAAUAGAGUUUCCUUCUAUAAAGAAACGAUUUGUGCCGAGCGAGUUGAGAAAUCGUCCGGCUUGAAGCAGGUCCGAAGUUGAUGAGAAGAGACUUUAGGUUAACCCGUUCAGAAAUUACUGUUGGAGCACGGUUUCACGAAGGAAAAGAAGAUCUGAUUAGCUGCUCGCGAUGGGUCGGAAGCACAAACGUCGGCUGAUACCGGAACAGGAUCGCAGGAUAUGCGGAAGUAUCUGUUUCUGUCAGUUCACCAUUGUCAUCAGCUGCGUGGCAUUGGUUUAUCUAAGCGUGGCAAUCUAUAUGCCGUCCCACAGAGCCUUUCACGCUGGGAUUGAUCCGGAUCCAGUCAUGUGCCAAACCAUUAAUACCACCUUAGCCAAUAAUUGCGGCUGGGCAAGUUGCGGGGAGUGGUGCUUGACGAGAACCACAGGAUUUUGUCCUCAGAUUCACGCAACAGUAAGAAGGAACGGAACCGACAUCGUUUUCGAAAACUGCACUAAUUUCAGCAGCAUAUCCUGUCCACAGGUGAACAUGGCGUCUCUGAAAAAAUACAACUGCAACAAUGGUAGCGAGUGUAGCGUACUUUCGGGGGUGUUCAACUGCAGCCUUGGCCACUGUGUCAACAUAAGUGAGCUGAUGUUGUGCCAUCACAAGGCUGACGGCAUUGUUGUAGACAGCGAGAAGGACAACAUGAAACUGAAUGGCUUCUUCAGCUGUCAGAACUCGAGAUGCACGAAAAUCAAAAGCCGCUUCAAUUGCGAUCGUUAUUGCCCGAAUAUCGCCACGUCAGACGUAAACGUGUUCCUCAUGCAGGACGACGACAUCAUCACUGCAAAAUGUGAACGCGGCCUAGCCCUUAACAAAGCAAAUGGAAAUCUCCUUGGUGUCAGAUUAACUACGCCUGAAGAAUUUUGGGACGAUCGAAAUGGAAGUAUCGUUGCUAGCUGUUUGGUGGUGAACAAGGAAGCCAACGAAGUAAGGACGCAAGAUUGCGUGAAUGGCACCUUAUUAAAGGAGAUCCCAGUACCUGAGCCGAGUAUCAAUUUUACGAGCUUUCUGAAUAUAUAUGAAAAGAGCUUACAAUACCCUGUGGAUCCUACGAAUGCCUACGUGCCGGCACAACGAUCGCUGACAAUUUACAACAGUUCCCGCCUUUAUAUCAACUUCGAAGGCUGUGUCAACACCCUCAAAGGAGAAUGUAAAGAUUUUCUCGCUACUCAUGGCCGGGAUGGCGACAAUCAGACGGCACAAAGUCGAUACCCCUGUUACUACAAUAAGAACAACUCGUUAUUAGUCGUGGCACGUUUUGACCUGAAUAAGACACGGACGGAAUUGCUGAUCGCCAUCAUCGUGCCAUCGGGUUUAUUCGUCAUCAGUCUGACGACGCUCGUUAUCAUAACGCGAUCGGUGCAGGUGGGCGACGAUGCGAAGAUGCGUUGCCGUUACUGCGUCGACAAGCAGGAGGUCGAGGGCGAGGACGAAGGACUCGUAGAGGCCACACCCUCCUCGUCCCAAGGUCAGGUAAACGAGAACGAGAUCAAAAGCAUGGCGCUUUAGCAGUUUAAGCCAUCCGGGACGAGUACCGUGCUCCGUUACGAAAGAGUGCCAUUAAUCGACACUGAUGAAGCCGAGGACUCAUUUUGAACAAAAGGGCAACGUUAUAUUUUCAUUAAAAAUUUGCUAGCAGUGAAUUAAUGAAUGUCAUGAAGGUAAUGUGUUUCAACCUCGAAGUCAAAUAUAUGGUAUCUCGCGCAUUUUACGACUCGAAUAAACAAGAAAUCUUGUGAAAUCGGUGUAAAGCGAUGGUAAAAGUGAGAGAAAUUACAGAAUUUGCUCUUAAGUAGUCUGAUGAACGUUACUUACGGCGAUAGAAAUAAAUUAUAUUGUUCACCAAGCGAACUUUGUCAUUUGUGGAACGAAUAAAAAGUGUGUACGUGUAUUCCUUUGUGUGAAAUCGAUUGGCAGUACUAAGAAAGAUGUUAAAUGUAGAAACAUUGAACGUAAAUUGUUCUUUGAUCGUGUAAAUGCUUCAGCUGUAUCGCACUGUUUACAAAGUCGAUUAAAUGCUUUCCGCAAACGAUCAUCAAUUCGAUUAAUCGUCAUAUACUUUUGUAAAAAGUAUAAAACGGUAAACGGAGGAAUAGACGAUCGACGACCGAGAGGUUCGUGUUUCAUACGGCUUAUGUAUCGCGUGUUUCCGAUCGAGUAUGACUGUAAAAAAAGGAGGGAGGAGGGUGAUGCGUGUGGAUUUAUUUGUAAUUAAUAACAUUUUUAAAGACCUAAAAAAAGACUGAUUUCCUUUUUUUGCUGAAAUAUCACCGUUUUUAUCUAGCAGAUAUUAUUACCAGUGAAGACGAACAAAUUACUCAGUGUUGUUGAGUUCGAUUGGAAUAUAGGUAAUUAACGAAUUGGUGAAUCCAAUUGCAAUGUACAACACGCGUUGUCUUCGUGCACUUUCCGUAAGAGCGCACAAUAAUAUGUGUUCGAACACAAUAUUUUAUUGUUUUCAAUAUUAUUCGGUCCUCGUAGAAAUUUCAUCGUUCGUUCGAUGUAAUGGGAAAACCGGAAGAAAUGCUUGGUGCAGCACAAAUCAACGGAUAAUAAAUUCAUAACUUGUUGAAUAUAUAAUAAAAUGUUAACGGCCAUAAUAACGAUACCUUUCUCAUGACUAAAAAGGUUAAACAUUAAUGUUUCUAAGAAAACAAAAAUUUCUUGUAUUAAUAAUAAAUUAAAGUAAAUACGAAAUAAAUUAAACUAAAUAAUAAUUUUUAAUUAAUAAUGAUAAAUGAUAUGAAAUACGAUAGAUAUAUUAAAGCAAGUAUUGCUAAUUUUUAUUCUUGCCUUAAUUGCAGAAAUUUACGCUUUCUUACUUUUGGAUUUUCGUAAAAUUAUUGGCCGCGAAUGUGUCCAAACAAAAGCUUGCGAUUAGGAUGGAUCUUACAUCGUCUUCCAGGUGGAAACAAAAGAUGAAGGUACAAGGAAAGUAGGAGGUUUAAAAGCCACCCACAUUAGUGGCCAAAGUAAUUAAAUAAUCAUUUAAUCGUAUAUUUGUAUACAUUCUACGGAUAUUUUACACUAUGAUCGAUGCCUUGAAUAAUUUGUGACUGCUUUGAAUAAUUGUGUUAACAGAACUAUGUUCAAUGUAUGUAUAAAAGUAAUGCUUGAAAAAUUAUGAUUAGAGGCCGGUUUUUUAAAUAUUAGAUGCAGAAAAUAUUCUGUGUCUUUGCUUUCAUAUUCAGUACAAAAUUUUUAUCUCCAUUUUUAAAAAUUGGGAUAUUUCGAAUAACUGAAAGGUUUCUAUUGUUCGACUGUUUUUAUUCAGCAAUUCUUGUUAUUUUUACAUAUCGAAUUUUUUAUAGCCACUGGGAUGUAGUUUGUAAUUGGUUCAAAACUAAAAUUUCUUUCAAAAACUUUUUGGUAUAAAAAUAGAACAGAUCAUUUUGACAACUUUAGCAAUGUUUUUCUUAACUAUAUAUGAUCAUUUGUCGAGUUAUAUCGCAGAUAAAAUGAUAAAUGACACUUCAUUGUAAAAGUUAAAUGUUAAACACGUUAAUAGACGGUAAGAUACCUCAAUUUGAAAUAAUGACAUAGAAUAACGAAGCAGUGUAUAAAAUUAAAAGUACUCAAAUUUUUUCUACAACUAAUAUGUCAUUUAAGAAAGUAUCUUUUUGCUUUACCUUCAAUAAAGAAAGUCUUUUUAAAACUAAAAAAUAAGAUUACUAAUGAACUACUGAAAGAUUUACUUCUAAAAAUUAACUCAGAACUUAACAUUGUAAUUAAAGAAAGAAAGUUCGAAUUAUUGUAAAUGUUCGAAAUAUUGUUUCAUAAAAAACUUAAAGAGUGAUUAUACACGUGAUAAAUAUUUUCUGACUGUAUAGAUAUAGAUAUUUCGUAGGAAGGGAAAUAUGGAGUAAAUAGAAUGAGAAAAGGCAUUAUUGUAAACCGGUUAAUUGUAAAAAAUUCAUGUUUCUCCGUGCGCGCGAUGAUUCAGAGCACGAGCGAAAAAUAUCGCGAUGCUUUCGAUGUACAAGGUAGAUUAGAAAGAAAAAAACAAUUUAUUCUGUAGAAGUUAUUCGUUAGGUUUCCAGUUUUCGAGCGUACACUAAAGCCGAUUUAACCUCGGUUGAUCUCGAGUUUCGACUGUCAACGAACGUACACUUAUAUUUCACAGAUGGUGAUGUUGUGAACCAAAAUGUAGAGUGUAAACGAGUAGAGAUUAAAUAUCGAUUUAUCAGCGUUACUAGCAAAUAUUUCAUUUCGAACGCUGCGACUGCCUAUAAAAAAGUUAUGGCAUCGUUCGUUUGCGAUAAAUGCAAUUAAAACUUAAUCAGAGAUUUAGAUCUUUUACAAGCUAGCAGUGUUAUUCGAUUUUUUAUGAAUUAGCUGAAAUGUUUGCUGAUCUUGUGUUACAGCCACCAACUUCGAUUGUCAAUCGUGCUAUUAUAUCUUACAAAAGCUUAAAUUUAUAGCUAUAGAAGGUCUCAAAGAUAUCACAUUCUAUUAUUAUUUCUAAUAAACUUUGGAUUACUUAUAAUUCACUGAUAGUAACAUUAUUUUUUUAAUAAGAUCAUUGUAGAUAUACAAGGUAGAGUAUAAUCGCAAAUGACUAAUGCCAUUCUCUUGUUAGUAUAAAAGUUUUUGUUCAUAAGAUAAAUCUACAUAAAUAUAAUAGAUUGAACAAGGAACAAGAAAUGGUAGUUAUGUGAAUAAAUGUGUCAUUCAACAGUUGUUACUUGAAACAUAUUUAUGUAACAUAAUGAAAGACAAUUUACUUGUUGUAAUAUGUCAAUACUCGAUUGAGCAGCAAAAUUUUAAAUCGUUACAUUUAAUAUAAAAACGUUAUUCAAAAAUAAUUGCAAUCACUUUUUUCUGAAUUUUGAUAACAAAGAAUAAAAAAAUAUUUUCUCGACAGUUUCAAGACAACAUUUUAUUUGAAAAACAAUUUUUUGUUUAAUGUUUGUGUUCCAUAAAUGUAGAUUACAAGCUAUCAUAUGACAUGUAGACAAAAGAAAUUGUGUUUUCAAUGCAUGUAAAAUACCGAUAGAGCUAUACACUAUCAUAUUCGUCAUGUUAUAUGUGCCUUCUUCCGUUUACGCUAAAAUUGAUAAAAUAUAAUCAAUCGUGUCUUCGAAUAACGUAACUCUUUCGCUAGAAACUUAUACAAAUCAAAAACAUUCUUACAAAGAAAGUCUUUAGUAACUUCAUAGCGAAUAAUAAAAUAAAAGCUUUCAUCAAUUAUAAAUUUAUACAAUCGUCAAAUGAAUCACAUUUCGAUUAAAAAAGGGCCAACAGCAUUUGUUAAAUGUUACCGAAUUAAACAGCGAAAGGGUUAACUAACUGCGGCUAAGAUGUAACAAAUUGAAGAGAUCUGUACUUAUAUGAACAAUAUAUAUAAAUAUAAUAUAUUUAUGUUAUAUCCAUUUAUUGUCUGAAUAUAUUUGUAAUAACAUAUAUGUAUGUAUGAAACAACGGAACCUACAUGUAUCAUUUAUAAUAAAAUCAUUGUUUAUCAAA